AUGAGCCCGCUGAACGUUGCGGGCCGCCGGAUCCGGGACUUCCGCCACCCCCCUGCGACGAAGCGGUGCAGAGCAGGGUUGUCGGUGCGGGAGGGCCGGGUCUGGGGCCGCACCUCCGGCUGGGAAUGGCUUCUGUGCAAGUCUGGGUGGACCAUUGGAUCCGGAGCUCCCAACAUCCCCUGUGACGAAGCAAUGCAGAGCAGCGGAACCGAUGCGGGAGACCCGGGUCCAGGGCUGCGCCUCUGGUGGGGGACCAUCUUGG